UUGACCGCUGUCUGCAGGACCACCAAUAACAAUGGCAUCCCAAGGCCUCCAGAUCCUGGGUGUUUUGAUAGCUAUGGCAGGUUGGCUGGGGACAAUAAUCACCUGCGCUCUGCCUAUGUGGAGGGUCACAGCUUUUAUUGGAGCUAACAUCGUGACAGCUCAGGUCAUCUGGGAAGGUUUGUGGAUGAACUGUGUGGUGCAGAGUACUGGACAGAUGCAGUGUAAGGUCUACGACUCCAUGCUGGCUCUCCCUCAGGACCUGCAGGCUGCCCGAGCCAUGGUUAUCAUCUCCGUCCUGGUGGGUAUCUUUGGUGUGCUGAUGGCUGUGGUUGGAGGAAAGUGUACUAACUGUAUGGAGGACGAGGCAGCAAAAGCCAAGGCUUGCAUCUUCUCAGGAGUUAUCUUCAUUAUCUCUGCCCUUCUUAUUCUCAUACCUGUAAGCUGGUCUGCACAAACCCUUAUCAGGGAUUUCUACAAUCCUCUGGUGUCAGAAGCCCAGCGUCGAGAGCUUGGGGCUGCCCUCUAUAUUGGCUGGGGAUCUGCAGUUCUCCUGCUGUUAGGGGGAGGACUGCUUUGCUGGAAUUGCCCACCCAAGGAUCACCAGCCUUAUGCAGCAGCCAAAUUUGCCCCUGCCAGAUCAACAUCCCCAGCAAUGAAUUAUGUGUGACCAACAAAAUGCAUGUUUCCAUGAGAACUGAUUCUAAACUCUGAAGAAAUGCUGACUCAUCUACCAUUAAAAGUCUGUUUCCCAAAAGGCAUACUUUGAUAUCACAUGCAUUAUGUGAUUUCUGACCUUUGAUGAUAAUGACAUGGAUUUCUGAUUUGUCAAAUAUUUAUGCAAAAACAAAUUCCACACAUUGGAAAUGUGAUGCCUGAAAUUAAUUUAAAAUG